AUGCAAGAGCAACUCGAAGAUCCGAUUCUUCCCAUCCGACUAGAUGAUGAUUACGACGAGACACUUGCACUUCCUGACAUAGACGACGAGUUACUUGAUGAUUCGUUACACUUUCGUAGGCAAUUUUCUGGUUCCGGAGGAUUGUUAGCGGGUUCUUCUGGAGCACCGCCACCGCCGCCACCACCACCUUCUCGUCUUCCGGAACCGGUGGACGCUCCUCCACUUUUCCCAGAGUGUGAUAUAACUCUGGAGGAGGUAGAGAAAAUUUUAAAUUCCUUCGACACUCGCGAGGUCCCGCUAAUCGAUCCCAAACUAGACGGGGCGUUAUGGUUCGGGGUUAACGAUAAAGAUUUGAGGAAAAAAUUUACAGCAAUAAUAACGUCAAAUUUUCCUCAACUCUACUACUGUUGGACGGUGGUACCGGACAACAUCAAACGUUCUUGGUGGCAUUCGUUCAUCCGGUUGAAACAAAUGAUGAACAAUGCCAAACGUCGUCAUCAGCUGCAUGGACUGCCACCGGAAUGGGCAACAAAUGACUUGUACCAGCAGCUUCUUUCGCAUUGGAACUCAGACCAUUUCAAGAACAAGAGUUCCAAGGCGAAACAAAGUCGUCUGUCCCAAAAAUUCGAGGGUGAUGGGCCUCAUCGUCAUACCUCCGGUGCUAAAUCAUUCAAGAAGAGGCAAAAAGAGAUGGAGAAAGAAAUGGGGAGAACGCCAUCAAUCGUAGAGUUGGUCGCUCGGACACAC